AUGAGUGCGUGGCGUGUCCCGUCAAUUUCUUCAACGCUAAGCUCGGUCAAGCAGCUUGCUUUCCAUGCGGCUCGGAAGCCGUGCAACCGAAGGAAGGCCAAGGAACCUGCGCGUGCCUUCAAGAAGGCCGGGUGUUUCAGUGCUUCCGAAGACCGGAGACAGGGCUGUGUCCAGCAGGUAUAUGAGAUCUGCAGAGAUGCUGCCGUCCGGAACCAAGAGGGAGAGUGUCUGAUGAAAGAAGAAUGGGCCACUUACUGCAGGGAAAAGAUUUGCUCCCUCCCGGAAGAUUACCGAGGCUAUGACAAAGUUCUUGGCCUCUGCCUUUGUCAAGCCGACCGCCUGGACGCCCUGUGCAACCUCGCGUGCCGACGAAGACAAAAGGGCAUUUUGCAAUUCGUCUGUGGUCAAGAACCAGCCUGGCUUUCCUUGAUGUACAGAAACGGGAGCCAGGUCAACAUUUCUUUGGAAGGCACAACGGCUUCCCUGCAGAACUUAGAUUUCCUCACCUGGAAGGAUUGCAUCCCUGAAGGGAACGGAGGAUCCCGCCCCAUCUAUGUAGUCAAAGCAAAUAGGACACCUGGCCAAGAAGCUUCUAGAUUUUCCCACUCACAGCUCCAGCCACCUGCUAACCCGCUGCUGAAAAUGACAUUUACUGGCAUCUUGAACCCAACCACAUGCCUCAACAUUCAUGACACCAUCAUGUUUGUGGUUUCUAAAGAUCAUUAUCCUGUCUAUGAUGUCAACAACUUAUACAACACGAACCGAGAGUUUGACUGGGGAGCUUUCCGCAGCCUGGCAGAGGAAACUCAGCUGGCCUCCGUCUCCAUCCUCCUCUUCUUUUACCCGUUCCACAAUCCAGGAACUUACGUCUUGAGGCUAAGUAAGUGCGAAACAUGGGAGUCGGAAGAACAAAUCGACCUGGACUCGUUCAAUGCCAACGUUUUCUUCGAAAUCCUGGUGACGCAGUCUCUGGCGGUUACAGCCAAACUGAGCCAAUUUAAGGAAGAGCUGAAAACCUUCUACCACAAACUUCUGGAGGAAAUAGCCCCACUCCGAGAUCUCUGGCUGGCGAGGGUGUGCCUCUCAGAGAGGACGGAACCAUAUGACGAAGUCUUGAUGGCAAACUACGCCAAAGCGAAACAGCAGGCAGAAGAGGACAUUCUGCGCCGGAGAUACCUGGCAGCAGAGUACGAAGAAAGCGUGACUAGACAGCUCCACUUACUGAGCCAGGAACUGAAAUGUCAAGAGGAACACUUCAUCGCAUUUCAUUCUGCUCUCCGGGAAGCAACCAGGUGGAUGGAGGCACUUGCCGAUACCCUGUCUUCUACAGAAGACCCUAAACAUGACCAUCACAGGCUAUUGAGCCUCAUCGAUGCUGCCAGUAGCCGGAUGUCCGGUGCAGUCCUUAAGGAGAGCAACAGGCUGAUGCUGUGGGGGAUUGCAGAAGGAGGCAUCGGGGCUCCCCUGCUCCACCCAGAGAAGAACAGAUUGCUCACCAAGGAGGAGCUUGUAGGGCCAGAUGGCGCUGUGAAGGCCCAUGAUCUUCUACACCAGGAUGCUACCACUGGACUAAUUGUACCCAACGAUGAGGUCGUCUUGUUGUUGGCCAACAAAUCCAUGAAGCUUAUAUCCACAGGUCAUUUUGUGCAUCCCGGCACUGGGAAAUUGCUUCCCGUAGCUGGAAAUGUCGGCUUCGAUCUCACCAGCUCUAAGCUCAUCCCUAUGGUGGAUGUAGUACCUGGAGAGGUUUGUCAUUCGGACCUUCCCGUCUUCCCCUACGUCCCGUUUCCCAUCUGCCCCAGCACUGGCCUGCCGGUGAAGACCAAUUUACCCGUCCUGCAGCCUGAGAAGGUGUUCAGACUGGGAGGCCUCAUGCACGAUCCCGCCUCGGGGAUGGAGGUGCCCAUCCUGGCCGUCACGAUCCACCCGCAGACGGGCCAGAAGCUGUCCUUGGGCGGGACGUACCUGAAUCCUCUGAUGGGGACCAUGAUGCCUCUUGAGAUUGGGGGACCCAUGAGGGCGCCGGAGGGAGACAAAAUUGUCCCCAUCCUCGGAGUCCACCUGGACAGUCACACAGGAGAUGUUCUUCCUGUGGGGGGCUUAAAGGACCCCUCGGGGAACCUCCUGCUUCUUGGGGACUCCUUUGUAGAGCCAUUGAGUGGGAAGACGGUUCGGGUGCAAGGAGCUUGCUUUCAGCAAGACAAGAUGGUCCCCCAUGCAGGAGGUUACCAGCUAGUCCAGGAUACCAACCUCCUGGUGGCCGAGAUCCAUGUGGCAAAGGCUCUGACAGAGUAUAAAAAGGCCCUCUGUGAGGAUCUGCGCCCUCCUGGAGAGGGACAGAAAGCCCUUAAAGAGACGGAAGAAAAGAUGAUGACAGCACAGGCCCAGAAGCUGGAUUAUUUGAUGCACCGCCUACAAAAUUCGGAGAAACAGCAAGAACAUGCUUCAAAUCUGAAGUGCACCGGUGGAAAACUCGGGAUGAUCAAAUACCCCGGCACAGAACUGUGGAUUCCUGCUGUGUUUGGCAUGAAGAUCCCAGAUCCUGGGGGUUCCGAUAUGAUGGUACCCCUCCUCGGAGUGGAAUGCAACUGGAAGACAGGGCAGCCAAUCCCCCUGGCUGGGACCAUGGAAGAUGCUGAUGGGAAAGGUCUGGUCCCUCUCGCUCUGGGCUUCAAGACCAUUGACCCCAUCACAGGGGAGACUGGGCCCGUGAUCGGGGCCGAAAUCAACCCCUGGACCAGCACUGUGGUGCCAAUCGUCCAGUCUCUAGGCAGUUUACCGAGAGGAAAUCCAGACCCAGAUUUGCUGGCUGCCUUGGAUAAGGAGACGGUUGCCAAACGGAGGUACUGGCAAAGCCAAAGAGAAAAGGAGGAAGAUCUGCUUAAAGAGUUGGAUUUCUUACACCUGGCGAUCCUGGAGGCAGCCGACAAGGGCAAGAUGAGGAAGCUACGAUUUAGGGUCAAACUGAAGCCAGCUGACCAGCUCUGCCGUUUCCUGGAAGAAUGCUCAGCUCAGGAAGUUCAGAGGAGAGCCAGCCGGGACUUGAACAGGCGGUGGGACUCUGAACCAUCCCUGCAGAUGAGAGUGGAAAAAGACGAGCGAGACCAGGAAACCCGAGUUCACCUUUUGCUGAGGAAAGCCUUGGAAAGCCUAGUGCAGUUCAUUCAAAGGGUGCAGCUGGAAGAGGGCCGGAUCCAGAUGCAGCGCCUCAUGGCAGAGUUCCAGGAACAUGCCGCAAAGCGACAAGCCCACCUGGGGAGCAGCUACAGCCGGCUGGAGUACGCCCGGCUCCUGUCUGAACGGGUGGCCCUGCAGACCAAGGAGCGUCUCUCUGGAUCGACCCAGUGUUUUGUCAACUACCCCGGGGCAAGGUUCUACGCUGCGGCUGGGGCUCCUCAGGGGAGCUGGGCAAUCAUCACUCGGAAACUGAUCCCCUUGCUCAAGUUGGUGGUUCAGACCCUGGAGGAGAGCAAAAAGGGUGCCCCAGAGAUGCCUCUGGGGUUGGGAUCGGGCGAAGGCUACUCCUCCAGGAGCACUCUGAAGGUGUCAGAGGUACCUAGUGCGGUGUUGAGGACCAACACAAAGGAGGAAGUGGCACCUAUUGCUGGAGCCCUCUCACCGGUAACACCUUCUCAGCACGCCCCAGACAAGUCCCAGCUUCUGCAGGAAAUCCAGACAAGGAUCUUCUUGGAGAAGCAUGCAGGUGAAAUGGUGCAUCUCGAGCAGUCCUUAAUAGCAGAGGAAAUUGACCUGAUCUCUUGCUUUUGUGAAUCACUCGAACUGCAGAAGAACCUGGAAACCCUGUUGCACCCGAGCACGGAUUGUUCCAAGGACUGGGAGGACCUGCUGAAGGAACUGGCCGACUACCACCACCACAUGGAAGAAGAGUUGGUCCAGAGGCAGUGGGAAGAAAUGCAAUGGGUGGGGCUUACCCUUGGGGGUGUCCCUCUCAAAGAGGGGGGUUUAUUCUCCCGAGAAGAAAUCCGGCAGAAUCUAGUGUCACUAGGGGCCAGUUUGAAAAAGGCAGACUCCCUCUUUGGAGUGGAUGCUGCAAACCAUGGAAACCAAGCUUUGGGGGCAAAGUCCAGCCGCUCGGUGACUCAGAAAAUACAAGCCACGGCCAUCAAGAUGGUCCGGCAAGAAGCUGUGAAGCAGCUCUGGGGACACAGAGUCCUGGACCGUUACAGCUGCCUCUUCCAGAGACGGGCUUUCCCCAAAGAGGACUUGCAGGCAGUGCACGGCGUUUGCACAGGAGAAAAUGUGGCCCAGGACGUGGUUCGAUGGGCUGAGACGGCUCAGGUGGAGAAAGCCGUGGCUUUUUUGCAAAAGCGCCAUGAGGAAGGGGAGCUGCCUCUUUCCUUUAGUGCAAGCAGCGGUGCCGAAGGGAGGACGCUGCAGGCCCUGAUCCAGACAGAGCUACAGGCACAGAUAGAGGAGAAGCUAGAAGCCAAAGUGAUGGGAGCUAUUCAGGAAGCAGCAAGACAGGCCACCCAACUCACUGCUGAGGACACGACCUAUUUUCUCCUAAGCGGGUGGCAUUUACGGCAAGCAGCCCUGUUGGAAGCUGGCCUUCCGCUCCAAAAAACUGGCCGACGAACUCCCAAGGAUGAGAGCAAAGCAGGAAACCCAGUGCUGGACGAGUCACUGGUAGACAAAGAGACGAAAGCCCUUGUCCGGCUGCUGAAGGAGCAAAAGAAAUUUCCUUGCCCCGUGCUGGAGUUGCAAGAAGCAGCCCAGAGGCUCCAGCUACGUGAGAGGCAGUUCCAGGAGAUGGUCCAGAAGCUGCAAGCUCAUUCCUCAGACAAGCGGCUGGAGGAUGCUCGCCAGGUGGCCAAGCAACUGCAGGAAUUCCGGCAGCGGAAGACCAAAGAGCUCAUAGAUCAGCUGCAACCUUUUUUCCUCCUUGGUGAACAAACACCAAAGAAGGAGACAUCGGUCAUUGGCAACCAAAGAGGGAAUGGAAGGUCCUCGUUAGUAAAGGACGAGAAAGAGAAGAAAGGAAAGGGGAAAUGGGAAAGUUUCCAAGAAGCUCGGUUGGCGGAGAUGGAGAAAUCUUACCGGGGCCAAAUACUGGAGGAAAAAGCGAAAAUGCAGGAUCAGCUGGAAAAGGGUGAAAUCAAGAAAUGGUUGAAGCAGAAGCUGUUGAGAGAACAUGAUGAAACGCUGACCUUCCUGGAUAGAGCAUUCCAGCAAGAUAUGCAGAAGCAGAGAGGAAGGGUGGAGGUGGAGAAAAGGAGGAGACAAGCCAGUCAAGAAGAUGGAAGCUACCCAAUAUCUAAGGAUGCCGCUGUGCAGGAACAGGAUCCACCCAGCCUGGCCGAAGGUGACAAAGUCAACUCCCUCUUGGCGGAAUAUGUCAAGAUGCUGAGACACACUGAACUCCUGGUGCUUUUAAGAACGACCCUCUUGAAUCCUCAGUUCAGGUCCCUUCUUUCUGACAAGAAGGAAACUGGUGAUGGAGCCUCUUCCCAUCUUCUUGCUCUUCUGAAUGAUGUGAACCAACAGCUCCGUCAUUAUGCAGCAGCAGCUGGAUUUCUGAACAAGCAGCCUGAAGAAAAAGUAAAUUCUUUCCAGGAUAUCAUGAGCAUACAGAUGACUCCUAAAUCCAGGGAGCUCGUACCUGUGGCCACCUCCAGCUUUUCUGCAAGGGAAUUGGUAAUAUACCAAUACGGCAUCGUUCUUCUGCAGUUCCUCCGGACUCACAUUGGUGGUCCAGAGGUCAACCUGGGUGUUGCAUCCAGCAUUCCUUCAAGCGAUGCACCUGGGAACGCCUUUCGCAACACUUUUUACUAUCAGAUUCCCGAACAGAAGCUGUUUGUUUUAAGAGAGUGCCUGAGUUGCAUUGGGAGCUUUAUCCUGCUCCUUGUGCACUGCCUAGCCCAUAUUGCCGCUGAUGACCUCAGCCAAGACUCCAGCCCAGCUUUUCAGAGACUCUUUUACCAGGCACUGAAAGCCUGCCUGGGUGAAAUGUUCUCUCUGCGGCUCCAGACGUCAGCAAUGGUGGAGGAGACUAAAUCUGCUGUCAGGAUGAUUAACAAGGUUUUCCUGAACAAAGAGGUGAUCACCGAUGAGAAAAUCAAUCUCCUCUCAGGGCUUUUUGAAUCUAAAGUGAAGCCUUCUGCAGACUCCGAGAAGCAACAUCAAGAGUCCUGGCGUGGCACAGAGAUUGAGGAUUCGCUCAAGACUAAACGGUCCCCCAAGAAAGAGGAAUGUCACUCCAGCGUCUUCCCCAAUGGGAGCCAGGAAAUCCUUCCACCAAAGAGCUCGGCCUCUGACAGCUGCUCUCCCAUUAGCCCAGGAGGAGCAGCAGGAGAUGUGAUGGACGUGCUGACAGAGAAACUGGUGAAACUCCUCAAGAAGGAGCGAGAGUUUCCAUUGCAGCUUCUCAAGAGCCCAACCUGUGAAGAUCAGCUCAUGGAUCAGGCUGAAGCGACCGCCUUGGAGAAGGCUUCUCUACUCAGGGAAAUACAAGCUCUUGAAGGGAAGGCAGUAAAAGCCAAGAAGGCCUGA